UUUUUGGCUUACAUGCAUCUUGACAUCAGUUACAGAAUUUGCUGCUGUAUGUAGUUUCAGGAAUUCUGUUUCUUUGAGUGAACUUCAGUAUCUACAAGGAAGUCAUUGCAACAGCAGUGAUUAAAUUUUAAAUUCGUUACAAUGGCAUUAAAUCACAUACUCAGACUCCUUCUUUGUCUUCUAACCUUCAAAACAGGGUUCUGUGCUGAGAUCUCUGUGUUUGUGCAGACAGGAGCUUCUGUUCAACUGGAUAUACAGACACAACAACUACCAGAGUUUGAGCUUUUAUUGUGGAUGAAUAAUAAAUCAGAGAGUAUAGUUAGAUACAACAGUGAUUCCAAAAGAGUAACACCUCAUGAUUCCUACAAGGACAGAGUGGUUUUCAAUGAUGUAACCUUCUCUCUGACUCUGAAGAACAUGCAGAAGACAGACAGUGGACUCUACACAGCAAGAACAAUUGGAUUAAUAACCACAGAUUUGGUCUCAUACAGAGUAUCUGUUAUAGACUCUGUGGAGGCUCCUGUCCUGACUGUGAACUCAAACUGGUUCAGUGGUAACUUCUGUACUGUGAACUUCACAUGCAGAGCUCAUGAGCUCAUGAUUAACUCCAGCUAUCAGAACAACAGAUGCUCUCCACAGGAAGUGACAUCACAGAUCAACACUCUCACCCUGGACUGCAGUGAGGAAUACAUCAUCUGUAACCAUAGCAACCAUGUCAGCUGGAAUGAAGACAGAAUAAACAUCGAAGAACUCUGCAUUUAUAAAGAGUAUGAAUUAAACAAUGACCAGACUGUGUCAUCUCUCCUGUGGCCAGUUGUUUGUUCGGUGGCAUUGUGCAUUUUGAUAUGUCUUUUAGUCUUUCUGUACUUUAAGUAUAAAAAAGGUGCUCAGGAGGAGGUAGAAGGUAAUACAAUCUAUGCUCAAGUUGAGGCUGAAGACCAGACACAAGAGAAAACAGGAAAUGAUCGACCCAUCACAGUCUACUGGACAUUAGGACAACACCAAAAACCUACAAUCCCCAAUGAAACAGACCAUACAGUUUAUUCAGAGGUGUACAAACAACCAAAUGAGAAACUAUCCGCCAUUUCAGCCGAUGACACUUAAAAUGAAACUGGCUAUGUGUCAUGGGGAAGUUGUUAUGAGACUUGAUCUCAAAAUGGUUUCCUUUGUUACAUGCCGCAUGUUUUGUAUUUCUUGUGGUUUACUUUACUGAUGUACUUCACAGUGACUUUAAAUUGCAUUUUGCCCCAUUC